AUGACGGCGGCGACCACUAAUUCGACUUCUUUGAUAAGUGACAAGGGAAUUACACAAGUUCUGAUACCACCCGCACCAUCUCCAAAAAGUCGGUUUGCUUCUCUAAGACAUUGGUAUUCGCGGUCUGAAAAAACCUCGGAAGCAGCAGAAGCUCGUCUUUUGAGUCGACUUCAAUUCUUUUCUAUCGGAGGCAAGACGGUCGCUACACCUGAUGAAUCAAAAACAAUCGCCCGCGUUGGAUUGGUUGAUCUGGACGGAGAUGACCUGAGAAAAAUUAAUACCUUGGUUAUCGAUCAAGUUGGCAAUGAUUUUGUCGUUAACGAUCAUUCAAUUGCCGGUUCUGAGUCUAUUACCGAUAAUAGACUUGGAUACAGUUCGGAGCCGCAGACAGAAAUUUCCAUUCAAUCAGGUACAACUGCCAUUGAGGAAGUUCCAUCGACGAAGAAAAAUUUAGUAAUGUGUCACGGUUUUGGAGCGGGACUUGGUUUUUUUUAUCGAAAUUAUCAUAGCCUCAGUCAGGUCCCUGGAUGGAGGAUAUAUAGUUUAGACUGGUUAGGCAUGGGAAGAUCAUCAAGAGUAAAAUUUACUGUGAAAGGGCGUAACGUUGAUGAAUCAGUUGAAGAGGCAGAAAAUUUUUUUGUGGAUUCACUCGAGAAAUGGAGGAAAGUGCAGAAAAUUGAGAAGAUGACGCUGCUCGGUCACUCGCUUGGAGGUUAUUUUGCAGCGGUAUACGCAUUAAAGUAUCCUCAACACGUGGAUCGGUUAAUUCUGGUGUCUCCCGCUGGAAUUCCACCAAAUCCCUACGAAAACAACAAAAAUAUGAAAAGUAGCGGUGGUCGUACUAUACCUGGAUGGGUGAUAAAAUUAUGGGAAGCUAACAUUACACCACAAUUAAUUAUGAGAUGGGCAGGGCCAUUUGGCCCAUCAUUAGUCUCUCAAUAUACAACUCGCCGAUUUGCUCAUCUAGAUGUACAAGAUCAAAUUGAUUUGCAUGAUUAUCUCUAUCACAUUUCAGCCGCGCCUGGUAGCGGUGAAUAUGCCUUGUCUAAAAUUCUGGCACCAGGUGCCUACGCGCGAAAGCCACUGAUGAAUCGAUUAGAAGGUUUGAAAAUGCCAACUGUUUUUCUAUAUGGAGAAGAGGAUUGGAUGGAUUAUCGCGCCGCUGAGAAAGCUAGUUCAAAGAUGCGUGUUCCCACAAAAGUUAUUCGGAUUCCAGAUGCCGGUCAUCACUUAUAUCUUGAUAAUCCCGUUGAAUUUGAUAAAGCUGUAAUUUCUGUGAUGUUGGAAGUUGGAGAGAAUUAA